AAUAAAUAAACAACUUUUAACAGUGAUGGUGGCGAUUUAGCAAAGCAUGGAGGUGAUCGAAACAAUUGUGAUACAGAGUACUGAGGUGGAGGGAAAGGAAACGGUGGUGUCCAGUGUGGACGCUGAUAAAUCAAAAACAGAAUUUAUAUGGACGCUGCAGGCUACAUGGCACCUUGUUAACACUCGGCUGGAGAUGGAUCAGGCUUUCGACCAGCCAGUGUGCAAGAAAAAGAAACUUUGGGAGAUGGUGGCAGUGAGGGUGAACGCCAAACUGAGGGAGUCUGAGGUCACUGACGUCACCGUGAAGGCAUACGAGUGUGACCUCAAGUGGAGAAACAUGCUGGCCACGUACAGGAAGAACGCAGAGAGGGCCAAGAGGCUGGGGGUGGCCAGUGUCCACUGGGAGUUCUUCAAGGCCAUGCACGAGGUCCUGGGCAAGAGCCGGGAGGAGAUCGAAUCGCAGCGUCAGGCCAAGCUCAGCGGGACGAGAGUGGGCAAGGCCAUCGCCAGCAAAAGAUUCACCCCGAUCCUCCCUACGCCUCCUGCGACAGCCGCCCCCUGCUCCUCGCGGCCUCCGCAGGACAUCCUGCAGCUGUACAUGGAGCUGCAGGAGAGGAAGAUGAACAUGUGGGCCCAGCAGAAAGCUCUGGAGGAGAGGAAGAUAGAGGCCAUCAACAACCUGGCCCAGGCCAUCUCCAGCCUGGCUCAGAAGAACAGCACACAGACGCCCAAAGACGGACCCUAGACUGGAGACGUGAAGCGGAUCUGGACUUUUGAUUUGUGCCGUUUUGCUGUUACCAAAAACUUUUCUGAUACUGCACGAAGAAAACUGUUGGAGCACAUUUUUAACAGAGGCUCUUUGGUCGUAUUAGCACAUUUUUUAUUGUUACAGUUUUUAGAAUAAUUUGGCCAGUAUGAACUCUGUGAGGAUAGAAAUGUUGUAAUUAAUGAAAAUAUAGUUUAUAAAACAACAGACUCACUUAUCAAAACCUGGGCAGCACUUGUUUACACAAAAAAACAGACCACAUAUCAUUUAAUGGUUUAUCCUUUUCUGUAGAUCUCCCAGUACUUGAAAUCAUAUCUUAUUUUUAUACCAAAACUAAUAGAUAAUAAUUAUUUUCAUUAUCAAUUAAUCUUUUUUUGUCCAACCAACAGUUCCAAAACUUAAAAAUGUUAAGUUUACUAUCAUGAAUGACACAGAAAAUCAUUACAUCAUCAUAUUUAACAAACAAAACCAACACAUUUUUGCCAUAUUUGCUUUAAAAAAAGACUAAAAUGAUUAUUCUGCUAUAGAAAGUUGCCGAUUUUGUGACAAUCGACUAAUCGUUGCAGCUCUAGAAAAGUUAAUUAUGAUCGGAGAGUAAAAAGCCCACUAAAAUAUUACUUAUAUAUAAUAUUAAUAAUAUUAAUAGAGGCAUCCUUCCACCACUGUACCAGUUAUUGAUAUUAAAUGUGAGCAGUCUAUGCAAGAGUGGAGCAUGUUUUGUAUGAAGGCGAUCAUGACGUGGUGAUACUGAGUUUUUUCAGAGGUAUAAAUACAUGAACGCAGGUAUUCAUAGCUGUGUACUACUGUUAGUACAUUAUUAAUAUACUCUGUUAUGUUACCAGACAGUAUGAACAACUUCAAUAUGUUAUGUUUUGCCUUGUAAUAAAUAAAAACUACUUUUCUAAAUGUUUGCCCAGUUUUGUUUUUACA